AUGAAUAAAGUAAAAUAUGUGUCCCUGUUGUGGAGACACAAGGUGGUAUUUAACACGGCGGGGCACAGACGCUAUCAUCGUCACGCUGCAACUCUGGAAAAGAAAUUUUACUCAAGUGGGAAAUAUACGAGUACCGUUAAGCGCGUAAAGUGCCACAACUGCCACCGCGACAUCUGCCUUGACGUGGUUCCCCUCAGUUGUCAAACCUGCAGCGCGCUACUUCACGUGGACGCAUUCAAACAGUUUAACUUCUUUGAGCUUUUUGGCCUACGAGCCACCUACGACAUAGACAAAGGACACUUAAAAGAAAAAUUCAACAACAUACAAAAGUUGUAUCACCCCGACAAACAUGCGCAAAAUGAGCAGCGUGAACAGAUAAACGAAGUCUCAAGUUACCUGAACAGUGCAUACAAAACUUUGCAAAAUGACGUCGACCGAGCCCUCUACCUGUUGAACAUCCAGUACAACUACAAGAUCCCGGAGGAAGAGAACCUGGAGGACAGUGAGUUCCUGGCCGAAAUUAUCGAGGUGAACGAACAGAUCGGAGACCCUGAGGCGAAUAUUACCCUGAUGACCAAGCAGUACAAGGAUAAGUACCAGGACCACGUCGAAAAAAUUAAACUCCAUUUUGACACAGGGGUAAACAACAAAUACGGCUACUUUGCCUCGCCCACUUGUGCAGAUUUGCAUGAAACUGAUUUGGCACACCUGGGGGUGAAUGCGAAUGUGAAAGGAGUUCCUUUGGAUUUUGAGCAUAUCUUGAAGGCCCUCAAAAAAUUGAAGUUCAUAAAUAGAAUAUUGGACCGUCUUCAAAACGUUUGA